AUGGUGCAGAGCAGUAAGCCAACGGUAGUACAACUAUACGCAGUUACUACCGGACUGUCGCAGAUCAGUAAGAUUUUAAAGGCUCAUACGUCCUUUAUUUUAUCCAUAUAUUAUUUCUGCACACAUAUUUCCAGCGCUGCAACGGGUCGGCGCAUUCAACGGUUUCCAAGCGUUUGUGAUAACACUAAAUUCUGGGGAUAUUGUUCUGCAAGAUGCUGACUGCAACAACACGUACGGAGUCUGUCAGAAGUUUUGUAAUCAAGGUACGGGCUUCUUCCAUUCCUUUUUUAGCGAGGAGUAUAAUUCCGGUCACCGGACUCCUCAGUUUGACGUGCGCCGACGCUAUAGUCCCGUACCGUGUCGCGUGGCAAAAAAUAUAUACCUCGAUUUUCCGACUUCAAAAGAGAAGGACGUACUACAUCUCUUACGCACCCUAGAACAUCCACGAAUCAAUUUUUAGCAAUGUGAUGUGGUCUAGGAUUGUACAGUGCCUCUUUAAGGUUGACGCAGGCUUUAUUUUUCAGCAGAGUUUUGUCGGCUUUACUGUAAUCCGAUAUGUUGCACAAGCGAAGAGCAACGGACCAAACUUUGCUCUACCGUCGCUGAGUGGGCCUACCCACACAAUUCGACAAAGUUCCGUGUAACUGGCCCAUACUUCCAAACCGACACCGGAGCUGGGAUUUGGGCUGAGGACGAACUUUGGCUCCAUAGCACACGUGGCACAACAAAUGUCGGUUCGGUAGCGAUUGCGCUGCAGGUCGUGCGGAAAGCGUUUUUUGGACGGGGCGGCGUGUAAGUACGGGUUGAGCCAACAAAAAUAAAUAUUUUUCAAAAUAAUUGAGAAAUUAAGGAUAAGAAUUUGCAAGUGUUUUUAUUGAUCCCAAUAUUUUGUGAGAUAACGGCAAUGCGAUUAAACUCUGACUGACCGUUCCUCUUUAUUGCGCUUUUCAAUCUCCACAUUUGACUGGCCGCCCCAGUUGUCAGGUUACCGGGUGUUGCCCACCAACCCGCCACUCAGUUCCUGGAGUUACCUUAGUAAUGUCUAAUAUAACCCGACAUUUUUUAGCCAUUACAUUGGACUGGGAAGACGGUCAAGAACCAACAGCAUUGUCCAUGUUCUCCAUCGACGCGGCUACAUCGAUAACGCUAUUGUCACAAUCGCUUACCGUGGCCUCCACAAUCAAUAUUACCUCCUAGGAGAGUUUAACGAGAGAUACUGCGAAAAAGACAGACGUACGGUCAGCGUUGUAGGCGAUCUUCACUGGAUGUUCGAUGCAAAACAGGCCGCGUUUUUGAACCACAAAACAGCAGAGCACAAUUUUCGAAUUCUACUGGAAACCGACAGUAUCACAAUGAUGCCUCGAGAGAUUCUACGUUUGCUUCAAGAAACAGGAAUAAUCACCCCGGAUUAUCAAAAAAGCGAAGGUGAUGCCCACCAGAAUUACUAUACAAUCAACCCGAAGCAUCUGAAUGACACAUUCGAAUUCUUUUUCAAACUCAACAAGGAUCUUACUUUAUACUCCGAUUUAAAAUCCAUCGAUGUUAAAAAGUGGUAUUUUCCUGAAACAGAUACAGUUGUUAUCAACGCCGCUGCAUUGGAUCCGAACCCGGACAGAGUGGAAUGGGUUGUUGGCAGAGUUGUUUUAAUGAAGUACUGUGCCUUCCUUGACUACAACCAAAACACGAUCGCUUUUUCACCGGUGAUUCCUCCGCCUUAUGAGAUGCAUGGGUGAUGGAACACUUAUUAAAGCAGUUUGUGCGACACAGACGUUGAAAAACGCAGAUAUCUCAAUUAAAAAAUAUGUCCUUUGUGAAUUUAGAUCACUAUUUUUACUGUAUCUUCCAUAUCUUCUAGAUUUAUUAUACGUAUAAAGAAAAAACUUCUUAUAUUUUAAGAGCGUUUUCCAAUCCAAGCAUUUGGGUAGAAGAGGUUUUGUAUCUAUCACUUUACUCACUCUCUAUAAACUCCUAGGUAGGAGUGCAUGUAGAGAAUUCAAUGCAUUUUAUGCCUUGCCAGCUACGAUAAUGCUACACCAAAAAACCAUAUCUGAGGAUUAUAUUACUGCUGCUCCUUAAGACUUAUUUCCUUAAAAGACAAAAGUCUCCAAGUCAAGUCAACUUUAAUGCUGUCGCCUCUUUCUUGUUUGCUGUUUUCUUUGCUUUUCCAAAGAUCCACUUCCGCGAUAAUACUACACUCACUUGACAAAGGAACAAAGCAGACCGGUAGGAUAUUGAAGGCUUAUACAGCUUUCGUUUUACCCAUAUUAAUAUUUAAAAUAUAAUAGCUCUCUUAAAAAUUGCGUUUAUUUAGGAAAUAAACGCAAUUGACUUUUCAGUUUUGGGAAGGGUCGGAACUGGCCGCGAGUGGGUAUUGUUUGAGAUCAGACUAAAUUCUGCAGAAUUUUUGUUGCAAGAUGCUGAUUGCAACAACACGUACGGAGUCUGUCAGAAGUUUUGUAAUCAAGGUAUGUGCUGCUGUCAUUCUUUCUCUUUGACGCUGCAGUUUCGAACGUGUGGCAAAGAAUGCAUCUAGAAUGAGUUCAAACAAUAAAGCGGAUGUGAGUUUCUUUAGGAAGCCUUUUCUGAUUUAAAUAAUGCCGGGAACUCUGGUUACUCGCGUCCCAGAAUUCACCUAGACGCAUUUUUUUGCCACGUGAUUCGGUCAAGGUUACAUUCUAUCCGUACGAGGUCGGCCAAAAAGUCUUGAAACCUUUGACAUCGCGACACCGCACGAUGCGCAAACAUCUUAAAGCCUUUUUCGCCCGCCUAUUAAAACUUGAUAAGGGCUUCACUUUCAAGCAGAGUUUUGUCGCAUUUAUUGUAAUCCAAUAUGCUGCACAAGUGAAGAGCAACGGAUCAAACUCUGCUCUACUGCCGCGAAUGGGGCCUACCAGCACAACUCUACAAAGUUCCGGGUAACUGGCCGGCACUUUAGAACGGAGGCUGGAGCUGGGAUUUGGGCUGAGGACGAACUUUGGCUUGACAGCACGCGUGGGAUAAUAAGUGUCGGUACGGUACCGAUUGCGCUUCAGGUGGUACAAAAAGCCUUUUCUGCACGGAGCUCCGAGUAAGUUUGAACUCUUCAUCUUCUGCGAAAAAUCCUCUCUCUCAAUCGAUUCUUGGCUUUGCGUUUUAAUUAUUUUUUUUUUGCAACACAACUUUUCGCUUUGAGACUCAGAAUUACAGUUUUGCCGAGCCGGCUCGACUGAAAACGUUGGCGGAACCCGACUCGAGAGCCAAGUCUAAAUUGACCGAUUAUUUUUUAGUUCGGUCUUUGGCCUCGGCAGACAGUCAAAGACCCACGGCAUUGUCCAUGUUCUCCAUCGACGCGGGUACAUUGAUGAUGCGAUUGUCACCAUCGCUUCCCAUGGAUACUACGAUCGAGAUUACUUCAUGGGAGAGUACAAUGAGAGAUACUGCGAAAAAGACAGACAAACUGUCAACGUUGUAGGCGAUCUUCACUGGAUGUUCGAUGCAAAACAGGCCGCGUUUUUGAACCACAAAACAGCAAAGCACGAUUUUCGAAUUCUAUUGGAAACCGACAGUAUCACCAUGAUGCCUCGACGGAUUCUACAUUCCUUUUUGGAGUCAGGAAUAAUCGUCCCUGUUUAUAAAGAACGUAUUAACGACCCAAAUUUCUUUACAAUCAACCCGAAGCAUAGAAUAGUGAUAUGUAAAAUAAAUUUUAUAAUCUGAGUUCCUUGAAACACUUCCUUUGUAAGGUUGCUUUUUUACCCGUGCUUAAAGUGCGAGGUUCCGUAAGCCAGCGCCCAAAUAAAGAUUGUUCCCGCUGCGGGACCCAACACGGCAGGUCUCUCUUGCCAGAAAAUAAAAAAAUUGUUUUUUUGUUGUACAAAAUGGAUCAAACAGUGUGAAGAUGGAUGGAGAUCAGUGAAAAAGGUAUGUUUUAUCGUGUUUUCUGAUUUAGAGCAGCUCGGCAAAAAAUUUUACGAAAGCUGGUCCAAGAUUUUUUGUGUGUUGAGCGAUUUUACGCAAUUUUUUACAUAAGGAAGCAUAAAAAUGGGUGUAGCUUCCAAAACAACCGUCCAGGAGAGGUGGUGAUUGAGUUUUGGUCAAGUUAGGGUCAAAACCUUCACCAGACUACCUAGUGUAAUAUAUUUUUUUCUAGGAAUUCGAAUCCAGAUGAAGCCAGACGGCUAA